AUGGACGGAGACACGAAGAGGUUGGAGGAGGCACCUUUACGAACCCUGCGGCGAUGUGACGGUGCGAGCGAGAACGGCGGCGGCGGCGGCGGCGGGCGGCGGGCGGCGUCUGGCUUCGAGCGAGCGAUUGGAGGCACGGUCGCGGACGAGGACCGCGCUCCCGCCGCCGCAGCAGCAGCAGCAUCCGCACGCCGCGGCGUCCGCCCCGCGACGGGAGGCACGGUCGCCGCGGAGCCGGAGCCAGCGCCGGCCGCGCGGGGGGAGAGGGUGUCCCUGAUGGCGCUGCUGGAGCGGACGGAGCAGCAGUGGGCGGCCCGCGCCGCCGGCGGGCACUGGAAGCGCGUGGACGCGGAGGACGAGGCGCCGGCGGAGGAGAAGGAGAAGGAGAAGGGCGGCGGCGGGGGCGUGGGCGGUCGGUGCUGCGUGUGCGUAGCGCGGGGCAAGGGCGCCGCCUUCAUCCCCUGCGGCCACACCUUCUGCCGCGCCUGCGCCCGCGAGCUCCGCGCCGGCCGCGGCCGCUGCCCGCUCUGCAACGCCACCAUCCGCGAGGCUUACCCUCCGAGCCCCAUGGAGAUGGCGCCGGCGGCGACCUCCGCGAGCCCCGCGGUGAGCACGAGCGCGGAGGAUGCGUUGGCGCCGGAGAGCCCCGCGGCGAGCGCGAAGGGCACGGUGAGGCCGUCGGAGACGCCGAUGAUGAUGUCCCGGACCACCUCGCCGGCCGUGAAGUGCUUCUCGGAGAAGGGCGGCGGCGGGGGCGUGGGCGGUCGGUGCUGCGUGUGCGUAGCGCGGGGCAAGGGCGCCGCCUUCAUCCCCUGCGGCCACACCUUCUGCCGCGCCUGCGCCCGCGAGCUCCGCGCCGGCCGCGGCCGCUGCCCGCUCUGCAACGCCACCAUCCGCGAGGUCCUCAACCUCUUCUGACCCGCCGCCCCUCCGCCGCAUUCCUCCGUCCGCCGCCGCCGGCGACGGCUGUUCGUUCUCUCCGCAAGAACACACCUUUCCAUCGUUUUCGCACCGGUUGGUCCCGGAUUCAUCGUUCAUGCUCCAAGCUGGAACCCGACCAUUCCUUCGAUCACAGAAACCUUGCAGUGUAGAUAAUUUUUUCCGUUUCGUUCUUGCUCUCCCUCCUCCUCGGAACCGAAGAUAGAUUCAACAGCACACUUGUACUGUCAUCGUAGCGGAUGCAGCAUUCAAUCCUGCGAUCCCCAUCUCCAGGACGGACAUCGUAUCCAUCACGAGUAAUUUGUACUAGUGGUCCGGAAUGGUCCCCAUCUCCU